GAGCGUUCGAAUUAUAGACAUCCUCCUCCUCCCCUUCCUUAUCCCUCCUUUCGCUUCUCCAGUGAAGAGCAUGAACUCUUUACUGCCAACGUCCGUCUACAAAGCGCCAUUGUCGAAUUUCUUCUGCAUCAAUCCUUCAGCUCUUAGAUUAACUCCUCGAUUUCGUGGCAAAAGCUUCAACGUUCACGCAUCUUCAAAUGAAUUAGAUACGAAAACGGUGGAUGAGGGCAAAGAAGAGUAUCAGGAAUCGAUUGGAGUUACGAAUGCUGAAACAAAGAAAAUUUCAGUUGGAGCAACAUCGAGCACUCCAACGAUCGAGAAAGACCUAAAAAAGGUUGUCCAGAAAACCGCUGCUACAUUUGCACCCAGGGCGUCCACAGCUUCAAAGAAUCCAGCAGUACCUGGAACAACACUAUACACUGUAUUCGAGGUUCAAGCGUAUGCAUCAAUGCUGUUGGGUGGAGCUCUCUCUUUUAACCUCAUAUUCCCCUCAAAUGAACCUGAUAUCUGGAGAUUAAUGGGAAUGUGGUCAAUCUGGAUGUUCACUAUUCCUUCCCUUCGUGCAAGAGACUGCUCAAAGAAUGAGAAGGAAGCUCUGAAUUAUCUGUUUCUCCUUGUCCCAUUGCUGAAUGUUACAAUCCCCUUCUUCUUGAAAUCCUUUGCACUCGUUUGGUCUGCAGAUACUGUAGCUUUUUUUGCUAUGUACGCAUGGAAGCUUGGUUGGUUACAGAAAACUGAUUAGCUAGGUCUUGCUAUGAAGAUCUUUAUUCAAAAAAACAAGUGGAUUUGGGGUUUUGGAUGUUGAUAGCUUGUUCAAGCCAAGGGCACAGGAUCCGUUUACAUUUUACAAUAGGGUAGGGAAAUGUAUAUGUGAUAUGAUGAUAUUCAUGUCCCUAUGUGAUGUAUGGAUGUGGUUGCAUAGGUGUUGUAUGUAUGUUUACAAUGUGUCUUAAGACAGGGGGAUGAAAUGAAAUGUAUAUGGUGAGAAGGUGGGUUCAGUAACGGGUAAUUAUACGGUUGGGUCGGUUGACCU